AUGGCAUCGUCUAUCCAGCACCAUAAUUGGUCUUGCAGACCAUGCAAAGGUGGCCAUCAACAUGAUGAUACGGAUCAUAAUACUGCUCCUAUCACCACAAAUCGUCAAGCUGCUAACCACGAUGGACUGCACGUAAUGCAACCAACUGAAGAAAUGCUUGCAUCCGAACUGAACAAGUUAUCGUUGGAAGAAAGAGCGGAGGCAUUUGAUGACAUCCACUGCGUAGGAGAGGAACUGAAAGAGACCCCUGGAAUGAUACAGAAAGCGCUUGCCGAUUUUGAAGAGAUGGUAAAGAAGGAUCGAAAUGCUGCCUAUGAAAUUGCCAUGACUCAAAACAGAGCUUACGUUGAAGAUCCUUCGUUUCGACUAAAGUUUUUGAGAGCAAACAUGCACGAUGUUGGUAAAUCUGUUCGUCAAAUGAUGAACUCUCUGCAGCACAAGGCGAAGUACUUCGGUAACGAUAAGGUUGCUCGAGAAAUAACUCUUGAUGACUUGAAUGAAGAGGACAAGAACUUACUCUUGUCUGGGUUUUAUCAUGUUCAGGAAGAAAGAGAUAGAACUGGCCGAGCCAUCUUACAUUGGUUUGGUGGUAUGCUGGGUAGGAUCAAACCUGAAAAUCUGAUUCGAGUUGCAUACUUUGUAUGGAUCAGUAUCCUGCUUCCGGAUCCCGUAGUUCAAACUAAGGGGCUAGUUACCGUGUAUCAUAAUGCAUCGAGAACUGGAAAAGAGUUCGUGAUGCCCGGAAUGAACUUCAUAAUGACGGUAUCAAAUGCCACAGCAUCUUUUCCCGUCCGUUUCUCGUCAAUGCAUUAUUGCCUCCAGACUACUGAGGCUAAUCUUGCACUCAACAACUCUUUUCUGGGGCCAAUAGUGAAUACAUUGCCGUUGUAUUCGAAAGUGCGGAGCCGAUUUCAUGUCGGAAGUAUCAUUGAGAUCCAGUAUGCGCUUCGAGGCCACGGAAUUCCAACGGAUACGCUUCCAGUUGACAUGAAUGGGAAUAUUCGCGAAGAUAUCUGUUUAGCAUGGUUCUACAAUCACCAGCGGGAGCAGGCCGAGAACAACUGUUCGAUAGUUCGUGCGCCUGGAUCGACGAAAGAAGACAAGGCGCUCUUUUCAUCUUCAUUGAGAACUGCACAAACGCGACAAGUGGCUAGAGGAAACCGGCACGUGCCGUUUGAUGUGAAUCCAUCAGCCAAGCCUACUGAGGCAGAUAUACUGUUGGGAAGAGGACGGGUUGCCCAAUCAUGGCCAGGCAAUAGCAACUUUCGAAGGUUUCUCGAGAAGCACAGUGCUGAAUACGAUAUGCUCCCCAGAAAUGAACGGAAAAGGAGAACGAUUGAAUUGACUCAGGAAUUGGGAACCAAGGGAAUCCGAUUCUUUGAAGAAACUGAGUCUGGUGAGUGGGCUAAAAUUGAGUGUUCUGAAGCGAGGAAGAAGGUCAGUCAACUUCUUAGAACGCUUCGGAAGAAGAAAUAG